UUGUUUUUUCUAAUUUACUUUUUUUUUUUUUUUGAAGAGUGGGAAAAAUGGGGAGAGGUAGGGUUCAGCUAAGGCGGAUCGAGAACAAGAUUAGCAGACAAGUAACUUUUUCAAAGAGAAGAACUGGUUUGCUAAAGAAAGCUCAUGAGAUCUCAGUGUUAUGUGAUGCUGAUGUAGCUUUGAUUGUUUUCUCUAACAAAGGGAAGCUAUUUGAGUACUCAAGUGAUUCCAGCAUGGAGAGGAUCAUAGAACGAUACGAACAACAUUCAUAUGCAGAGAGACAGCUUGUCCCAACUGAUUCUGAAUCACAGGCAAACUGGUCUUUGGAAUGUCCCAAACUCUGGUCAACUAUUGAAGCUUUACAAAGGAACUUGAGGAACUUCAUGGGAGAAGAGCUUGAUCCCUUGAGUCUGAGGGACCUGCAACUUUUGGAACAACAAAUUGAUAAUUCUCUUAGACGCAUACGAACUAGAAAGAAUAAACUCAUGCUUGAAUCCAUUUCAGAGCUGCAGAAGAAAGAAAAGACACUGCAAGACCAGAACAAAAUGCUAGCAGAAAAGCUCAAAGUCAGUGAGAAGAUGCAGACUGAGCAUGAGCAACGUGAGCUGCAAAACCUUGCCCAAAAUUCAUCAUCAUUCAUGCAACCACCACCAUCACCACCAGCAACAAUACUGUUUCCUUCUUUGACUAUAGGAGGGAAUUACCAGGCCAAAGAACGUACCAACAAGGAGGUUGAGGCUCAAUCCCGGCCUAGUACCAAUACUGUGAUACCACCCUGGAUGCUACACCAUGUAAACAGAUAGAAAGCUGAAACUAACACGAGCUGUUCACAUCGAACAUUUCAAACUAUGUUAUAUAUAGUGCCAAUGACUGGCAUACCAUCGCAAAAAAUUCCUAUGUUGUUUAUUUGAAAACUCAAAAACUGUUUUGAGACUGCAGCAUCCUGUUGCAGUAGAAAUAUUAAAGAGGCAAAGAACAUUGCUUGACAAACCGAUGUGCUAUUGCAUGAACGAAGGAUGGAAUGCCUUCUUAGUUCUUUCCUAUCUUGUAGGGCCAACCAUUGGCCAAACAACCAUCAGGGGACACGAAACUGGCGUCU